UUGUUAUGAACGUUACCACCAUGGAACGACGAUAUUUUAAUUAUUAUAAUUCCGUAAAUUGGAAAGAACCAGAAAGCUUCACAUGUUCACAUGAGUACAUAAAUGAAACAAUAGAAAAGUCAUAUCUUAAACCUUCUGCUAGCUUUGGAAUCGGACAACACAAAAUCCCUUACAAGUAUAUUUUAUACGGUGGAAAAAAUCACACUUGUUAUGUUGUCAUGAACGUGAACGAAAGACAACGUUAUCAAGGCUCAGUGACGUGCUUUGGUGAAAAAAUAACAAACGCUAGCUGUCCUAACAAUCAAUACAUGGUCAUAAAAAAGGCAGAAUAUCGUGGAUUGAAUGAAGGAAAUGUUUGUGGCUCAAGUUACAAUUACAGUUGUAGCUUCGAUGUUACAUGCCAUUUAAAAAGACGCUGUGAUGGUCAACGGGUGUGUAAUAUAAGUGUCGAUGAUAAUCUCUUCCCUUCCAAUAUUUGUGUUGGCCUGAACAAGUAUCUUUACUUUGAAUAUCAAUGUAACGACACCAUGACGUCAUUGGAUGAUAUCUGCUACGAUAACAGCGCCAUAUUGAAGUUGAACGUACCAGGUUGUCUUCAAGGAGUUAAUAAAUGGGGAACUGGUUAUCGUCUUGAUAUGUUAUAUAUCCACAAUGAUGCGCGCAACAUUAAUGAAGCUGCUUGUGUCAACAACAAUGCUGUAAAACAAACCUCUUGGGGAGGUCUACAAAUGCGGUACUACAGAGCUGGAAAUCAAUUUCAAUGUUUAAGACCUCGUACUUCUAAAGAACUACAAGACAAUCAAGGAGUUCAUCCUUAUUUGAAAAUGGCUAGUUGUAAGUCUGCACCAAAAAAUCAAUUUCAUUUCGGUCAUAUCUGUGCCAGGCCGUUGUUAAACGACACAAAAAAAUUCCCUGACUCAUUGUUUUCUGCUUCAAAGGCAAUAAAUUUGCACAAUGCCGCCAAUGCUAGAAUAUCCAGUGGCAGAUCGUGGUGUGCUCCUACUGCUGAUGGAAAUCACUAUCUUCAAAUAAGAUUUGAAAAACUUUAUGCUAUUAACUCCGUUGCAAUUUUUGGAGACACAACAACCUUAAUUUGGGUGACAAAAUAUCACAUUAACACCACUUCUGAUUUAAUAAACUGGGAGUCAGUAUCUAAUCAGAAUUCACAAAAAGUUUUCAAAGGAAACAAAAACGGUUACAAAGACGCUGCUAUAUCAAACAUCAAAGGACGUACAAGGACGAGAGCUUUACGACUUAUUCCAGUGACCUACAAAAAUCGACCCUGCAUAAGGGUAGAACUUUGCGGUGGAGAAUUGCUUCCGAGCAGCCCAACAGGUCUCAACAUCACUUACAGCGCGUCAAGAUACGUUAUAAUAUCGUGGAUGGAUCCCCAAAACAUUGCAGUGACUCCCGGCGCAGAUGUUGUAAAUCCUUUGAUAAAGUUUAGGUUCAUAUUGAAGAAGCAAAGGAAGGUCAUUUUAAACAAAACUGAGCCAUCUAACGUUGCUAAGCCUUACAUGUUGAGCAAUCUUAUUCCUAACACAAUGUACACAGUAGUUGUAACUGCUGGAAAUUCUGAAGGUUUUGGAGAUGCAGCGAAUGUUUCUUUUAAGACGAAAGAAGAUGUUCCUGAAGGGCCUCCUCUAAAUAUAACAAUCUCUGUCAUCAGCUCUUUUAUCAGUCACGUGGAGCCACCUGAUAAAAGCAAGAGAAACGGGAGAAUUGUCAAUUACACUGUUUGUAUACCACCUAGUGAGAGCUUCAAAUGUUCAGAAACCUUUACUACCGAAUACCAAAGCUUUAUCAUAAAUGAGUUGAAACCAGCGACGACGUACUAUGUGUGGGUUUUGGCAAGUACAAAAAUUGGUUUUGGAAAUUACAGUGAAAAGCAAAUGGCCAUAACAAACGGACUGCCUCCGAAAGCAACGGUCAACUCGUCGGAAAAAACUUUGACAUUUUCUUUAGAAAUUCCUACGGUUAAAUAUGAGUACUUAUUCGUGAUUGCCAUGCAAGGUGACAGACAGAAUCUUCCAUCGCCUUUUACAUUAAAUGUUGAAGACUUAGAAACAUAUUCGACUCCUUCACCACCAAACCUUUACGUUGCUGCGGUACUUAAGCCAAGUGGUGGUGGUAUUUUCGUGUUUAUACUUGGUGAUGGCUCAAAUUCAAGUAUUUCGGGAACACGAGGUCGUCGUUCUCUCGAAAGAGUUUAUUAUAACGCUCCUCUAAAACCCAAUACUACUUAUCGAAUUUUCCAGCGUGUGGUGAUAAAUGAUCAGGGUGAUUAUUAUUCCACUGAAUGGAGUCCUUCAGUAAGAACAACUUCAGAGCUAUUUCCCCUUCCAGGUGAUUCGAUAUGGAAAAAUCUGAACACUGCUUCUUUUCAAUCGUGUGGUGAUAGUGCAUGCAAUAUUGAAGGGCAUGUGUCUUUCUCUCUGUUUUUUUCUCUCUUAGGCGAUAGUAAAGAUGAUGAUAACAAUGAUAACAACGUAACUGCAAUUGCUGCAGCUUCUGCAGCUGCUGUUGUUUUCGCUAUCGUCUUUGUGGUCCUAAUAAUUCUUUGGAGAAGAAGACGUGCUGUUGUUAAAGAGCCUAAAUUGCAUUUGCAAUCAGAACAUGAGGAUAGGAAUGGACAAGAGCUGUCCGUUAGAAACGACGCGUUCAUCGUUAAUGACAAUGCGGAUCCUGUUGUACGACCAAAUGAAGAAAAUAUUUAUGUAAACAAGUCAAUUUCCGAAGAAGAAAUGUAUGGAAACAAAGAAACUAUCGAGACCCAUAAUCGGUUACCAAUUCCACUCGUAAAUUUUACUGAGCACGUAAAAAAACUGAGAAGAAAAAACAUGGAGGAAUUGAGGCUCGAAUUUGAGGACUUACCAAAUGGUCAGAAAUGCAACUGGGUUAUUGCCAAAAGUCCUAUGAAUUCUGCCAAAAAUCGAUAUGGAAACGCAGUCAAGUACGACCAUUCUCGUGUGAUACUCUCAUGUGAUGAAAAAUCUGACUAUAUCAACGCUUCUUUUGUCGACGGGAAAUGUGAGAAGUACUACAUUGCGACCCAAGGUCCCAAACCUAAAACUGUGAACGAUUUCUGGAGGAUGAUUUUUGAACAAAAGUGUCCAACAAUUGUAAUGUUGACGACUUUGAAAGAAAUGGGAAAAGUGAAAUGUAAAAAAUAUUGGCCAGAUGAAUCUAACGUAUACGGUGAAAUUACAGUGACCAUCACUGAGACAAAAACAUUCGCUGAUUAUGUCACUCGCAUUAUGGUUGUUGAAAAGAACGGCGAACAUCAUGAAGUCGAGCAGUUUCACUACAAAUCAUGGCCAGACUAUGGAGUACCUCGUUAUCCAACACAACUCUUGACAUUCAGGAACCAUUUCAAGCUAUCGCACAAGACGAAAUCCGGUCCUGUCGUCGUUCACUGUAGUGCUGGUGUUGGUCGUACUGGAGUAUUUAUUGCCUUAGAUAAGAUCCUUGAUAAUCUUGAUGAUGAAUAUGAAACAAACAUUGAUGUAUUUGGUUUUGUGGAAGAGAUGAGAUCGCGGCGCAUAAACAUGGUUUAGACAGCGGAUCAAUACAUGUUCAUUCAUGACGCCAUUAUCGAUCACAUCCAAUGUGGAGCGAAUGAAGUUGCUGCUGUUCAUAUCAAGAUCGAGAUUGCACAGCUCUCUAAGAAAAGUAGGAACGGAAAAACUGGAUUUGAAGAAAAAUUUGAGCGUUUACAAUCAAUCACACCAGAACAUCCUGAAGAACUUUGUGAAGCAGCACUUUCGGAUGAGAACAAGAAGAAAAAUCGUUAUCCUAAAAUAUAUCCAA